GCUCCAGUCUGCAGGGGCAACAAUGGCGGGGCUCUGGGUCGGGGAGGCAGCGCUGGUCACAGGACGGCGUGGACGGUGGUGGCCGCAGCCACUGUUGCGGAGCGCGGCGCUAUGGACCCUGAAGCAUGUUCCACAUUAUCCAAGACAGCAUUUAGUGGUGUCUCGUAGUCUCUGUUCAGCGGGAUAUGAUUCUAAUGAAAAAACUUUUGAUAAAAUUCUUGUUGCUAAUAGAGGAGAAAUUGCAUGUAGGGUUAUUAAAACUUGCAAGAAGAUGGGCAUUAAGACGGUUGCCAUCCACAGUGAUGUUGAUGCUAGUUCUGUUCACGUGAAAAUGGCGGAUGAGGCGGUCUGUGUUGGCCCAGCUCCCACCAGUAAAAGCUACCUCAACAUGGAUGCCAUCAUGGAAGCCAUUAAGAAAACCGGGGCCCAAGCUGUACAUCCAGGUUAUGGAUUUCUUUCAGAAAAUAAAGAAUUUGCCAAAUGUUUGGCAGCAGAAGAUGUCAUUUUCAUUGGACCUGAUACACAUGCUAUUCAAGCCAUGGGUGACAAGAUUGAAAGCAAAUUAUUAGCUAAGAACGCAAAGGUUAACACAAUCCCUGGCUUUGAUGGAGUGGUCAAGGAUGCAGAUGAAGCUGUCAGAAUUGCAAGGGAAAUUGGCUACCCUGUUAUGAUCAAGGCCUCAGCAGGUGGUGGUGGGAAAGGCAUGCGAAUCGCUUGGGAUGAUGAAGAGACCAGGGAUGGUUUUAGAUUUUCAUCUCAAGAAGCUGCUUCUAGUUUUGGUGAUGAUAGGCUACUAAUAGAAAAAUUUAUUGAUAACCCUCGUCAUAUAGAAGUCCAGGUUUUAGGUGAUAAACAUGGGAAUGCUUUGUGGCUCAAUGAAAGAGAGUGCUCAAUUCAGCGAAGAAAUCAGAAGGUGGUAGAGGAAGCACCAAGCCUUUUUCUGGAUUCUGAGACUCGAAGAGCAAUGGGAGAACAAGCUGUAGCCCUUGCCAAAGCAGUAAAUUAUUCUUCUGCUGGAACCGUAGAAUUCCUUGUGGACUCAAAAAAGAAUUUUUAUUUCUUGGAAAUGAAUACAAGACUCCAGGUUGAGCAUCCUGUCACAGAAUGCAUUACUGGCCUGGACCUAGUCCAAGAAAUGAUCCGUGUUGCCAAGGGUUACCCUCUCAGGCACAAACAAGCUGAUAUUCCCAUCAACGGCUGGGCAGUUGAAUGUCGGGUUUAUGCCGAGGACCCCUACAAGUCUUUUGGUUUACCAUCUAUUGGGAGGUUGUCUCAGUACCAAGAACCAAUACAUCUACCUGGUGUCCGGGUUGAUAGUGGCAUCCAACCAGGAAGUGAUAUUAGCAUUUAUUAUGAUCCAAUGAUUUCAAAACUAAUCACAUAUGGUUCUGAUAGAAGGGAAGCACUGAAAAGAAUGGAAGAUGCACUGGAUAAUUAUGUUAUUCGAGGUGUUACACAUAAUAUUGCAUUACUUCGAGAGGUGAUAAUCAACUCACGCUUUGUAAAAGGAGACAUCAACACUAAAUUUCUUUCUGAUGUGUAUCCUGAUGGCUUUAAAGGACACCAGUUAACAGAGAAUGAGAGAAACCAGUUAUUGGCAAUAGCUUCAUCCUUGUUUGUGGCAUCCCAAUUAAGAGCACAUCAUUUUCAAGAAGAUGAAAAUUCAAGAGUGCCUAUUGUAAAACCACAAGUGGCCGACUGGGAGCUCUCAGUAAAAUUGCAUGAUGAAGUUUAUACUGUUGUAGCAUCCAACAGUGGGCCAACAUUCUCUGUUCCCUGUUGGAAAGCUAGAGACCAUUGGCUUGACAGCUCAAGUGGUGUCUUUUGAAUUUUUGCUGUAGAAUUACCCCCUGUUUUACUUUUUAGCUCAUGAAGAAAGUAGGUUUAUUUAAAAAACACAUCAAAAUUAAUGCAUUAAAAUUUUCCCUGGAAAAUAUCCACCUUGAUAUAUAGUAUCAAAAACUACUUCCUGUAUGUAUUGGCUUAGCUACUAUCAGAAGCAUCAAACCUAAUAAAAAUGGAGUAUUACUGAUAGUAUAUCCCUUUUUCCUAAAUGUAUUUGGACUGAGCUUCAUUUGACAUCAGUAUUAUGAAAGGAGACAAGCUGAAUAGUGUCACCCUCUGCCACAUCAAUAGAAAAUUAAUCAGCCUAGAGGUGACAGUCCAGGUUAAUGACCCAAGAGGUAGUACAUAUUUGUUUACCUCACAGUAAUGUGUUCACGUUUUCUAAAGUUCUUUUAUUAAAAACUUUAAAAAAAUUAUAAGGUAUUUCAAAUGAGGAAAAUAUAGCAAAUGUACAAAUCUGCUAUAUAAGUCUCCUAUUACAACAGAAAAACACCCCUAGAUACAGCUAAAUCUCUUCUUUACAUCAUCCCAUCUGCCUCUUCCUCCCUAGCAGUGACAGCUGUCCUGAAGGUAUCAUGUGUCUUUCUUGUACAUGUUGUUACACUUCAGUGUGCCAUAAUAAUAGUGAAACAUUUCAUGUACCAUAAUCAUAGUGAAAAAGAAAAUUGUGAAAAAUAUAUAUACUUAAUGAUACCAUUUAUGUAAGAUUUUAAAAUACACAAAGCAAAAACAGUUCAAUUUACAAUAGCACCAAAAAGAAUAAGGUUACUUAGGAAUAAACUUAAGACGUAGAGGACAAAGACUUGUACACUGGAAACAACAAAAUGUUGCUGAAAGAAAUUAAAGAGGACACAAAUAAAUGGAAAGCCAUCUCAUGUUCAUGGAUUGGAAGACUUAAUGUUGCUAUAAAUGUUAAUAUUAUCCAAAGCGAUCUACAGAUUCAAUGUCAUCCCUAUCAAAAUCCCAACUGAUUUUUUGCAGAAAUAGAAGAAAAAUCCAGAAAUUCAUAUGGAAUCUCAAGGGACCCAAAAUAGUUAAAACAAUUUUGAAAAAGAAGAACAAAGUUGGAGAGCUCACACUUCCUGAUUUCAAAAUUUAUUACAAAACUGCAGUAAUCAAAACUGUGGUACACUAGUAAGACAGACACAUAGACCAACAGAAUAGAAUUGAGAGCCAGAAAUAAACCCUUGGAUAUAUAAUCGAGUGAUUUUUUUAAAAAAUAAAUUUAUUUAUUUACUUAUUUAUUAUUUUUGGCUGCAUUGGGUUUUUGUUGCUGUGUGCGGGCUUUUCUCUAGUUGCGGCGAGCAGGGGCUACUCUUUGUUGCGGUGCGAGGGCUUCGCAUUGUGGUGGCUUCUUUUGUUGUGGAGCACCAGCUCUAGAGCGCAGGCUCAGUAGUUGUGGCACACAGGCUUAGUUGCUCUGCGGCAUGUGGGAUCUUGCCAGACCAGGGCUCAAACCCUUGUCCCCUGCAUUGGCAGGCGGAUUCUUAACCACUGUGCCACCAGGGAAGUCCCUAUAAUCAAGUGAUUUUUGACAGGAGUGCCAAGACCAUUCCAUAAGGAAAGGACAGUCUUUUCAACAAAUAGUACUGGGAAAAGUGGAUAUCCACAUGCAAAAGAAUGAAGUUGGACCCUUACCUUACACCUCAUGCAAAAUUAACUCAAAAUGUAUUAAAGACCUAAAUGUAAAAGCUAAAUCUGUAAAACUGUUAGAAGAAAAUACGGGAAAAGCCUCAUGAUGUUGGAUUUGAUGAUAAUUUCUUGGGUAUGACAUCAAAAGCAUAGGCAGCAGAAGAAAAAUAGAUAAGUUAGAUUACAUCAAAAUUUAAAACUUUUGUGCAUCAAAGUCAACGAGUGAAAAGGCAGUCCAUGGAAUGGGAGAAAAUGUUUGCAUAUAUGUGAUAUAUUUCCAUAUUAUCCAGAAUAUAUAAAGAACUCAACAGCCAAAGAAACAACCUGAUUUAAAAAUGGGCAACGGGGCUUCCCUGGUGGCGCAGUGGUUGCGCGUCCGCCUGCCGAUGCAGGGGAAUCGGGUUCGCGCCCCGGUCUGGGAGGAUCCCACAUGCCGCGGAGCAGCUGGGCCCGUGAGCCAUGGCCGCUGAGCCUGCGCGUCCGGAGCCUGUGCCCCGCAACGGGAGAGACCACAACAGAGGGAGGCCCGCAUACCACAAAAAAAAAAAAAAAAAAAAAAAAUGGGCAACUGACUUGAAUAGACAUUUCUCCAAAUGUCUGUUUGGAGAAGAUAUACAGAUGACGUCAUCAACAAGCACAUGAAAAGAUUGCUCAACAUUGCUGAUCAUUAAGGAAACACAAGUCAAAACUGUAAUUGGAGAUAACUCACAGCAGUUAGGAUGGCCACCAUUAAAAAAAGAAGGGAAAAAAAAAAAAAAACUCCAGAAAAUAAUAAGUGCUGUUGAGAAGGAGAGAAACUGGAACCCUUGGGCACUCUUGGUGCAGCUGCUGUGGAAGACAGUAUUGUGGUUCUUCAAAAAAAUUAAAAGUAGAACUAUCAUAUGAUCCAGCAAUUCCCCUGCUAGGUGUUUAUCCAAAAAAUUGAAAGCAGAGUCUUGAAGAGAUAUUUGCACAGUCAUGUUUAGCAGCCUUAUUCACAAUAGCCAAGAGGUGGAGGCAACCAAAGGGUCCAGUGACAAGUGAAUUGGUAAAUAAAAUAUGUUAUAUACAUAAAAUGAAAUAUUAUUUAGCCUUUAAAAGGAAGAAAAUUCUGACAACUUUUGUCAGAAUUCAUUACAAAUUUGAUACAAACCAAUGCAAUUUAGUAUUUUAGUGAAAAAAAUUUUAAAGUAAGGAGGAUGAAAAUUUGGGGAAAUAAAGA